UCUGUGACUUACAAUCCUAUCAACCAGGGCAAUACCUUCAGCAGCGGGGAUUUUAUAUCGGGACAAGUCAUUCUGGAUGUAGCGAAGGACACACAAAUACAGUCGUUGAGUGUGAAAAUUAAAGGGAAAGCAGAGGUGUGCUGGUCCGAGCGUCAUGGUCAAACAACUAUUGUUUACUCGGAUAAGGAGAAGUAUUAUUCCGUGAAGAGGUUUUUCGUUGUGGAGGACAAAACCCAUGGUAAUGACCGUGAGAUGCUGAAAGAUCCCUCCGGACAGCCGUAUUCUUCAGUUGUUGCACCAGGGCGUCACGUUUACCCAUUCACCUUUCAGUUGCCUCAACAACACUUCCCACCAACCUUCAAAGGUUCAGUUGGAAAAAUUGUCCACGCUUUGGAGGCAAAGCUAGAAAGAUCAAUGCGUGUUUCUAGCAAAGACAAAGCAGAGUUUCACUAUGUCUCCAGACCGGAUGUGUCCAAUCCUGAACUAAUGGUGAGAUUAAAUCCCAUGGAAGUCUUUACCAUACAUUCAUCCAUGGGCGACAUUAAGGGGGAGGGGGGGCAGUUGAUGGUUAGUCGUCAAAGCGACAAAGACAAAGCGGCCAGCGUAAGACUGAUCAUAGUCUGUUUGAUAAAUUUUGCCUUCUCAAAUCAUCACGACUUCAAGUAUAAAUCAAUGUUAGUUUAA